AUGGCGACAUAUGUAGGGAAAGAGAAUCUAAUGUUCUACAGUUGUCCAAUUUGUUUGGAAAAGAUAAUUAGACCAAAAAGCUUACUUUGUUUACAUACUUUUUGUGAAAAAUGCCUGCAGACGUAUAUAUCUAGGGCUUCCGUGGGGAAAGAUCCAGAAAAGUUCGACUUUGAGUGUCCUGUAUGCCGUCGUGUCACAAGUCGACCAGACGAAACGAUUGCCGUGGAUGAAUGGGCAAAGCAUUUUCCCACCAACAUACUAGUGAAUUCAUUGACGAAUUUAGGUGAAGAAAAGAGUGAGGAUAAAUGCUGUGCCAUUUGUUUACGGGAUAACAAAAAACGUAAGGCGGAGUCCUGGUGCAAUGACUGUGCAGAGGCUAUAUGUACUUCCUGUAAACACCUUCAUCAAAUUGUCGGUAGUCUACAAAAACACAAAAUCUCAGCAUUGCGUUUUGAUGACAAGGAUGACAAACCAAAAUUUCCGGAACUGGAUGAACCCUGUCAUUUACAUCAAGGUAAAUAUGUUGAAGUCUUUUGCUUAGAUCAUGAAGCCCUUUGUUGCAGUGUUUGCUUUGCAACACAACAUAGACACUGUGAACACGUGGAAGCCUUGGAUGAAGUUUCUAAAAAUAUGUCAAAAUUAGCUAUUAAAGGUAUUAUAGAUGUUCUUUCUAAAAUAUCAGUGAUAACAGAAGAAAGCAUUAAAUUCAAAGAAAAGGAUAUAAUUUGCAAAAGCGCAAAACGGGAGGAAAUUAUGAAAAAUGUUUCUACAGAAAUUUCAAAUAUUAAAAUAGAACUUGAUGAACUGCAGAGACAGUUUGAAAAAGGCCUACAGAAAAAGCACGAAGAUAUCGAGGAAAAGCUGACACAAUGUGUUUUGGACAUGAAGCAAUACCUUUUGACUAUUAAGAAUGGAAAAAUCCUUCUUUCUGCAGUUGAGCAGACAGGCUCCAGUAAGCGAACAUUUCUUUCUGCAGUGAAAACAAUAAGAGAUGUAGAAGAACAGUUUGAACAUUACAAAACCAGAAACGCAGAAGACGUAGAGUAUGAUUAUGAACAUGAUCACACAACCAUUCUAAAACAGAUUUGUGAACACAAUAAAAUAGAUGACGUGGAACUGCUUACAAGGCCAUCAGGAAUUAUAUGGAAUUUGUGUAAGCAUUUGUCCUCAUUAAAUAUCUUUAACACUGUGCAAAAGGAAGAUACUUCAAAAGUGUUCGGGACUUCUUCAAACUCUACGUCACUGACAGCAGUGAGAAAAUCUGAAUUUAAAUUAUCUUCACCUGCACGCCUUGGCAUUUUCCUGAAUGAUGAAACACUGGUAAUGGUUUUGUCCUCAAACACUGUUCUAUGCUGCAAUGCUAUCGACGGGGCAACAAAUCCUUGUAAUCCUCCUUUUGAAGUAACAGGAAUAUCCUUCUUGAGCGUUGGACCAACCAAUGAUACCCUGUACAUCAGCUGCCUGACCAAAAUCCGAAAAAUGAAGAUAAGCAAGAAAAAAAAUACUAUCAGUGCUUCUUGUGUUGGAGAGUUGGAUUUAAAACAAGACUUUGACGUUUUUUGCGUAGACAAUGACGAGAGCACAGUAAUAACAGCAUCCAAAGUUCAGGUAACUAUCUAUAAAAUCUUACCUGUUUUAUCAGCUACUCACACCUUUGCCUUUCAAAGUCCAACAACUGGUCCCAUAUUAACCUUGUCAAAAUCAGGAGACCGGUUUGCUAUACUGAGUGCAAAUGAAGAAGUAGUUUGUUAUUCCCUCACUGGGGAAGAAAGAUUUAGGUAUCAAAACCAAGAUAUGAAGAGCCCUCGAUGUUUGUCAUUCGAUCCACUUAAUAACAUUUAUGCAGUGUAUUGGAAAAAUGUGAGCUGCCAAUACUUUUAUGCUCAAUGUCAAUGUAUGAACCAACGGUAUGGUUAUGGUUAUAAAAUGCACGAUUAUAGAAUUAGUUCCGAAUGGAAUCCUGAUUCAUUUUCUGUAUCGGAACAUGGUGCUCUCCACAACAGAUGUAACAAUUAUGUUCGAAGUCAUUGUCAACUGUGUGGACAACCAGCAAAUAAACAUUUAGAAAAUGGCGGACUUUUCCAAAUUCUGCCCGAUGGAAGUACUAGUCGAUGUCUUAUCAUGGACUAUCCUGGAGCCAUUUUUAUGUCUUUCAAUCAAUCAUAUAAAGAAUUUUUUAUUUCUGAUGGAAAGAAGUAUACCAUCUACAAGUUGAAUUGCUGA